AUGUGGGGAAGUUCGGUCGACGAGCGAAAGCUCAACCUGGCCGACAAUGCUCGUGCGAACCAAUGGCACCGCGGCGAUGGCCAGGCCGAUGCCGCACGCGUGCAUCAGCCAACACAUCCCACUGAAGAUGUCGAGAGUAGUCCUGAAGACACCGAGCGCGCGGGCACAUGGGGAGAGACAGACGUCGGCGGCUUCGACCGCGAAGGCGCAAUGGAAGACUACCUGGAGUUGAGGAAUCACCUCACCCACCUCACCAAGACCCGCUCCAAGGAUCCAGGACACCCCCUCAAGAGAGCCGCGACCGGUGCCAGUGCAAGGAGUAAGAAACAAUCACUCCGAGAUUCGCCGUCAUUCAGACAGGGCCAGCCCUCGGAAGGAGUCACGUCUGGUGAUCCCGAGAAAGAAGAAGGACCGGAGGAAAGAGGCGAUGUUGAGGCAGGUGCACAGGAGGAGGAAGAGGACGAAUUCGAGCUCGAUCGUUUCAUGAGAGAAGGGUACUUCGAGAAGCGGACCGACGAUGAAUCUCACAAGAAGGUGGGCGUCAUCUACAAGAAUUUGACAGUCAAGGGUGUCGGGUCGACCGCAUCCUUUGUCAAGACCCUUCCGGACGCCAUCCUUGGCACCUUUGGACCAGAUCUGUGGCGCAUCAUCUCGGGUUUCAUACCGGCUCUGCACCGACGAAGUGGUGAGACCCGCACAAUCCUGAACGACUUGACGGGAUGUGUACGCGACGGAGAGAUGAUGCUGGUUCUUGGUCGACCGGGCUCCGGCUGCUCCACCUUCCUGAAGGCCAUUUCCAACAACCGCGAAGGUUACGCUGAGGUCUCGGGCCAAGUCUCCUAUGGCGGUAUCACUGCCGAUAAGCAGAAGAAAAUCUACCGUGGCGAGGUCAACUAUAACCAGGAGGACGACGUGCACUUCGCGUCGCUCAACGUUUGGCAGACCUUUACUUUCGCGUUGAUGAACAAGACGAAGAAGAAAUUCCAGGACGACAUUCCUGUCAUUGCCGACGCGUUGCUCCGCAUGUUCGGUAUCAGCCACACGAAGUAUACUCUGGUGGGUGACGAAUACACACGAGGAGUAUCUGGAGGUGAACGCAAGCGUGUUUCGAUCGCAGAGACGCUUGCGAGUAAGUCCACUGUCAUCUGCUGGGACAACAGCACGCGAGGUCUCGAUGCAUCUACAGCUCUCGAUUACGCUCGAUCGCUUCGUAUCAUGACCGAUGUGUCGAAUCGAACGACGCUUGUAACACUCUACCAAGCAGGUGAAGGGAUUUACGAGCAGAUGGACAAGGUCCUUGUGAUCGACCAAGGCCGCGAGGUUUUCAUGGGCCCAGCAGAUGAGGCGAAGCAGUACUUCAUCGAUCUCGGCUUCGAAUGCCCUGACCGCCAGACCACAGCCGACUUCUUGACCGCCGUAACCGAUCCAGUGGAGCGGAGAUUCCGUGUGGGAUAUGAGGAUCGAGCGCCGAAGACCCCUGAAGACCUUGAGCGUGCAUUCAGACAAUCUCCGGCCUAUCAAAAAGUGCUCGAUGACAUCGCGGACUACGAGAAGUAUCUUGAGGAAUCCCAUUACAAAGAUGCGAAGCGAUUUGAAUCAGCAGUUCAGGAGGGCAAGUCGAAGCGGGUUUCCAAGAAGUCUGCAUACACUGUCUCGUUCCCUCGUCAAGUUAUGGCUUGCACGAAGCGCGAAUUCUGGCUGCUGCUUGGUGACACUACCACUCUCUGGACGAAGCUCUUCAUCAUUAUCAGCAAUGGUCUUAUCGUCGGCUCCCUCUUCUACGGCGAACCGGAGAACACCGAAGGCGCCUUCAGUCGCGGAGGCGCUCUGUUCUUCUCGAUUCUGUUCCUGGGAUGGCUGCAACUUACGGAACUUAUGAAGGCCGUAAGUGGCCGCGCAGUCGUCGCACGCCACAAGGACUACGCCUUCUACAGACCCAGCGCUGUCGCUGCCGCUCGUGUUGUUGCCGAUCUGCCUGUAAUCUUGGUCCAGGUCCUCAUCUUUGGCAUCAUCAUGUACUUCAUGACGAACCUCACGGUCACUGCCGGCCGCUUCUUCAUCUACAUGUUGUUUGUCUACAUCACGACGAUCCUGCUCACGGCACUGUACCGCAUGUUUGCCGCUGUCUCUCCCGAAAUCGACACCGCUGUUCGAUUUUCCGGUAUUGCGCUCAACUUGCUCAUCAUCUACACCGGAUAUGUGAUUCCCAAGCCACAGCUGCUUACCAAGUACAUCUGGUUUGGCUGGAUCUACUACAUUAACCCUCUCAGCUACGCCUUCGAGGCGGUGUUGACGAACGAGUUCGCAGGCAGGACCAUGCAGUGUGCGCCAUCUCAAUUGGUACCGCAGGGUCCCGGCAUUGAUCCUACGUAUCAGGGCUGUGCAGUAGCCGGUGCUGCAGUCGACGGCAAGUCGGUGGCCGGCGAAACUUUUGUGCAAACGCAGUACAACUAUACGCGAGCCGAUCUUUGGAGAAACUUUGGUGUUGUCAUUGCCUACGCAGUGCUGUACAUCAUUGUCACCAUCAUCUGUACCGAGGCAUUCUCUUUCGCCAAUACCGGAGGCGGAGCUCUCGUGUUCAAGAAGUCGAAGCGCGCCAAGCAGAUGAUCAAGGAGUCGCCUCCCGCUGACGAGGAGAAGGCUGGUGUUGCUGGCGACAAUGAGAGUUCCGCCAAGAAGGAGUCUGGCAUGGGCAGCUCGUCCGAUGAUGACCGUGAGAGCGACGCUCUGGAGCAAAUCACGAAGAGCGACAGCAUUUUCACCUGGCGCGAUGUUGAAUAUACCGUUCCGUACCUCGGCGGGGAACGAAAGCUCCUAAACAAGGUAAACGGAUAUGCCAAACCAGGUGUUAUGGUCGCUUUGAUGGGAGCUUCCGGGGCCGGUAAAACAACUUUGUUGAAUACACUUGCCCAACGUCAAACUAUGGGUGUUGUCUCGGGUGAGAUGUUCGUGGACGGCCGUCCUCUUGGACCAGAGUUCCAGAGAAAUACCGGCUUCUGUCUGCAGGGUGACUUGCACGAUGGCACGGCCACAAUCCGCGAAGCACUGGAAUUCUCUGCCAUUCUGCGACAGCCUGCUAGCACGCCGCGAGCCGAGAAGAUCGCCUACGUUGAUAAGAUCGUUGAACUUCUGGAGCUGAACGACCUACAGGAUGCUAUUAUCAUGAGCUUGGGUGUUGAGCAGCGAAAGCGUUUGACCAUCGGCGUGGAGCUCGCUGCUAAGCCUUCACUUCUCCUGUUUUUGGAUGAGCCCACCUCUGGAUUGGACUCACAAAGCGCCUACUCUAUCGUCCGCUUCUUGAAGAAGCUCGCUCACUCAGGACAAGCCAUCGUGUGCACUAUCCAUCAGCCGUCUUCAGUCCUCAUCCAGCAAUUCGACAUGAUUCUGGCUCUGAAUCCGGGUGGAAACACAUUCUAUUUCGGACCUGUCGGCGAGAACGGACAGGACGUGAUCGAUUACUUCAGAGAGCGCGGGGUUGACUGCCCGCCCAACAAGAACGUGGCCGAAUUCAUUCUCGAGACUGCUGCCCGACCUCAUAAGCGGGCAGAUGGAUCAAGGAUCGACUGGAACGAAGAGUGGCGCAACUCACAGCAGGCGGUCGUAGUCGUCGAGGAAAUCGAAGGCCUUAAGCUCACAAGAAGUACGACAAAGGCUUCGAAUGUGCGCCGAGAAGAGCAGAAGGAGUACGCUGCACCGAUCCUGCUGCAGUGCACCGAGCUCCUGAAGCGCACCUUUAAGCAGUACUGGCGCGAUCCUUCGUAUCUCUACGGCAAGCUCUUUGUCUCUGUCAUCGUCGGCAUCUUCAACGGCUUCACCUUUUGGCAACUCGGCAACACAAACCAAGACAUGCAGAACCGUAUGUUCACGGCCUUUUUGAUCCUCACCAUUCCGCCUACUGUCGUCAACGCCGUGGUGCCCAAGUUCUUUACCAACAUGGCUCUAUGGCAAGCCCGCGAGUACCCAUCUCGUAUCUAUGGCUGGUUCGCUUUUGCCACGGCGCAAGUGGUGGCCGAGAUUCCCCCUGCCAUCAUUGGUGCUCUCGUCUACUGGAUCCUCUGGUACUGGCCGACUGGUCUGCCAACGGAAAGCUCCGUGUCAGGCUACGUCUUCCUCAUGGUCAUGCUCUUCUUCCUCUUCCAGGCCAGCUGGGGCCAAUGGAUCUGCGCUUUUGCUCCAUCGUUCACGGUAAUAUCGAACGUUCUCCCGUUCUUCUUCGUCAUGUUCUCCCUCUUCAACGGUGUCGUACGUCCUUACGCUAUGCUGCCAGUCUUCUGGCGUUACUGGAUGUACUGGGUCAACCCUUCGACGUACUGGAUUUCUGGUGUCUUGGCCGCUACGCUGAACGGCAUCCCGGUCAACUGUGCGGAGACUGAGGCCGCCCAUUUCAACCCGCCGCCCGGACAGACUUGUCAGGCUUAUGCUGGAUCCUAUGCCAUGCAGGCUGGUGGUUUCUUGAAGAAUCCAGGCGCCACUACCGAUUGCCAGUACUGUCAGGUACGUGAACAACUCCCUUUCCCAUUAUGUUCUAAUCUCAUACUGACUCUUUCUCACUAGUACUCCUCUGGAAAUGAUUACCUCGCGUCCCUCAACAUCAAUGCGGACCAGAAAUGGCGGGACUUUGGUAUCUUCCUCGUCUUCGUCUUCACCAACUGGUUCCUGGUCUACUUCUUCAUCUACACGGUCCGUGUACGUGGUUGGGGCUUUGGAUUUGGAUACCUCUUUGCUGGCCUGGGCAAGAUGGUCGGAUUCAUCAAGAAGCCGAUCAAUCGCCUCAUGGCCAAGAAGAGAGGAGGAGAGUAAGGCAUAGAUGGGGCUCUGGUUGCAUGACUCUAGCGUUGGCGCUCUUCGCGAGACAGCAUCGAUAGAUGUGCGUAGUGGGAAUGAGAUUGUAGACGAUUAGAAAUUUAAUUGUACUGCGUGGGUACUGCGUUUGUGCAUUCCAAGACCCUACCUGUCUGUCAUGCGUCGAUCCUGACGACCACGCAGUGCGGCUCGUCCGGGACCGCGUACAUGGGCUCUUUUUUUGCGAUUCCGUCGUCGUUGGAGUCCACCAAUUGAAAGAGUUGUGAAUGCUGACCACCGCAAGCUUCCUCUAUCGUAUAUCCGUUUCGCCAAGACGGUCAGCACAAAACAUUUCCACUUAUAUUCUCAAAAUAUAUAUGCUGCGGACUUUUGAUUGAUGACCAUAUAUACAAAAGGCUGCUGGAGGCGGAUCAAUUGCUCCAAAAAAUUUCACCAACCCUUGUCCUUAUUACCACAACAUCUCUCUCUCUCUCUCCUUAGCAUCAUCCUUUUCGACAAGAAGACCGCGCCAACCGAACCGCAACCGGUCACGACGGAGAUGGAGCGCAUCAUCUGGGGUUUGGCCAUGGUCCGUCUGCGAGAAGAAGAACGAAAGCGAUCGCAAUUCAUGAACCUACCGAAUGAACUGAAACUGGCCAUCUUCGCGCAUCUCCAGGCCAAGGAUCUGCAGAUCGCCACGGGAGUCUGCGCACACUUUCGAGAACUCGUAUACGGCAAUCUGCCACGGCUCGCGGAUCCGCAAGCGCACCUCGGUCGACUGCGGGAAUUCGUGGGAUACUAUGUGACCCCGGACCCUGCACGGGUCGAUCUCCUCGAAGCGAUGCGCAGGGUGAUGAGUAUCAAGGGUCUCUGGACCGAUCGCUAUUUGACCGAUGUGGUGCUGGAUUCUGUCACUUUCUUGCCCGCUGACCGCUCGCUCGAAUGGAGGAGAGGGACGUGGAGGAUGGCGGAGCUGUUGUACUUCCUGCAUGCUCAACAUCAUCUGCAAGGGAAGCAAGGUCCCCGGUCAUACGUGGAUGGCGAGGAACCGGAUCGCAUCAGUUUCGAGAGAUGGAGCGGCAUGGUACAGAUAUCCGUUGGAAGGUUUCUUGAGAUUUCUACUUCUACCCUGAAGAGCUGGCAUGAUACGAUCGUCAACACCCCGGGGGGGCACUUUCGCGGCGAACCUCAGCUGGAGCCUCAGACCGAUCUCAUGCUGACGGGACUGUUCUUCAUCAACAGCGCAACCGAGGCGGUGCAGCGGCCAUUGUGGUUCAAGAAGUGCUACUGCAGCCUCUCUGGCAAGCUGGAAUAUCUGUCGAUGCAGCAGCUGUCUGACUUGCUGCAUGUUCCGCUGCUUCCGCAGUUGUGGAGCAUCAUCCCUAGUGGAAGGGUAGACGGUUGUUACUUUGCGUAUUGUGUCCGGAGCGAGUGGGCUGUCGUGCGAAUAUAUCAGGCUGUUUUUCAGGGAAAGGCGCUCUCGGCAUUGGAAAGGCUGGCUGUACUUGAGGAGCUUUGGAUCUGGUGA